CCGUCUAAGGGGCCUAGGCUGGCCCGGGGGGCGCAUCCUCGGCCCCGCCGGACCCCCGACCCGGGGGAUGCGGGGCCGGAGCUACGGGUGACGACGACGACCACCACGGAAGAAGAGGAGGCGACGACGGGGCGUCCUCCACAGCCACCAUGCUGCAGAACGUGAACCCGCACGGCAAGAUCCCCAGCGAGGGCAACCCGGGCCUCCUGGCCCUGGGCCCCGAGGCGGCGGCCCCCGGCAAGCGCAUCCGCAAGCCGUCGCUGCUGUACGAGGGCUUCGAGAGCCCCACCAUGGCGGCGGUGCCCGCCCUGCACCUGCUGCCCGCCAACCCGCUGCCGCCCGAGGUGUCCAACCCCAAGAAGCCCGGCCGGCUCACCAACCAGCUGCAGUACCUGCACAAGGUGGUCAUGAAGGCCCUGUGGAAGCACCAGUUCGCCUGGCCCUUCCGGCAGCCCGUGGACGCCGUCAAGCUGGGCCUUCCGGACUACCACAAGAUCAUCAAGCAGCCAAUGGACAUGGGCACCAUCAAGCGGAGGCUGGAGAACGGCUACUAUUGGGAGGCCACGGAGUGCAUGCAGGACUUCAACACGAUGUUCACCAACUGCUACAUCUACAACAAGCCCACGGACGACAUCGUGCUGAUGGCUCAGACUUUGGAGAAGAUCUUCCUGCAGAAGGUGGCCCUGAUGCCCCCCGAGGAGCAGGAGCUGGUGGUCACCGUCCCCAAGAACAGCCACAAGAAGGGGGCCAAGCUGGCUGCCCUGCAGGGGAGCCUGGCGUCCCUCCACCAGGUCCCCGCGGUGUCGUCCAUGUCGCACCCGCCGGCCCUGUACCCGCCCGCGGCGCCGGAGCUGCCCACCACGGUCCUCAACAUCCCCCACCCGUCGGUCAUCGCCUCGCCCCUCCUCAAGUCCCUGCACCCGGCCGGCCCCCCGCUCCUGGCCGUGGCGGCCGCGCCGCCCGCCCAGCCCCUCGCCAAGAAGAAGGGGGUGAAGCGGAAAGCGGACACGACGACGCCCACGCCCACGGCCAUCCUGGCCCCCGAGUCCCCGGCGGGCUCCCCGGCGGCCCCCCCGGCGGCGGCGGCCUCGGCGGCGGCGGCGGCGGGGGGUCCGGAGCCCAAGGCGGCCCGGCUGCCCCCGGCCCGGCGCGAGAGCGGCCGCCCCAUCAAGCCUCCGCGCAAGGACCUGCCCGACUCGCAGCAGCAGCACCAGAGCUCCAAGAAGGGCAAGCUGUCGGAGCAGCUGAAGCACUGCAACGCCAUCCUCAAGGAGCUGCUGUCCAAGAAGCACGCCGCCUACGCCUGGCCCUUCUACAAGCCCGUGGACGCCUCCGCCCUGGGCCUCCACGACUACCACGACAUCAUCAAGCACCCCAUGGACCUCAGCACCGUCAAGCGGAAGAUGGAGAACCGGGACUAUCGCGACGCCCAGGAGUUCGCGGCGGACGUGCGGCUCAUGUUCUCCAACUGCUACAAGUACAACCCCCCCGACCACGACGUGGUGGCCAUGGCCCGCAAGCUCCAAGACGUGUUCGAAUUCCGCUACGCCAAGAUGCCGGACGAGCCGCCGGAGGGGGGCCCGCUGGGGCCGGGGGGCGGGGGGCCGGGCCCCGGCCUGCCCAAGUCCUCGUCCGACUCGUCCAGCGACGAGAGCAGCAGCGACAGCUCCUCGGACGACGACGGGGACGACGACGGGGAGGACGACGACGAGGACGACGACGAGGACGACGACGAGAGCGAGAGCUCGGACUCGGAGGAGGAGAGGGCCAACAGGCUCGCCGAGCUGCAGGAACAGCUCCGAGCUGUGCACGAGCAGCUGGCCGCCCUGUCCCAGGGUCCCAUCUCCAAACCCAAGCGCAAGCGGGAGAGGAGGGAGAAGAAGAAGCGGCGGAAGGGCGACCGCCACCGGGGCCGGGCCGGGGGAGACGAGGACGGCAAGGGGGCCCGCCCGCCCCGCACCCCGCAGCCCAAGAAGGCCUCCAAGAGAGGGGGCGGGCCGGGGGCCGCCGGGGCCCUCGGCUUCGGGCCCCCCGGGGCCAACAAGCCCCCCAAGAAGUCGAAGGCGCCGCCCCUCCCCGCGGGCCCGGGGUCGUCGUCGUCGUCGUCGGGGUCGUCCUCGGGGGCCCCGGCGGGGCCGGCGGGGGGCCCGGGCUACGACUCGGAGGAGGAGGAGGAGAGCCGGCCCAUGAGCUACGACGAGAAGCGGCAGCUGAGCCUGGACAUCAACAAGCUGCCCGGGGAGAAGCUGGGCCGGGUGGUGCACAUCAUCCAGGCCCGCGAGCCCUCCCUCCGCGACUCCAACCCCGAGGAGAUCGAGAUCGACUUCGAGACCCUCAAGCCCUCCACCCUGCGCGAGCUGGAGGGCUACGUCCUGUCCUGCCUGCGCAAGAAGCCCCGCAAGCCCUACAGCGAGUCCGCCGUGAAGAAGCUGGUGGGCAAGUCCAAGGAGGAGCUGGCGCUGGAAAAGAAGCGCGAGCUGGAGAAGCGCCUCCAGGACGUCAGCGGCCAGCUCAACUCCACCAAGAAGCCCCCCAAGAAAGCGAGCGGGGAGAAGGCGGAGUCGGCCCAGCACCCGGCCGCCUCCCGGCUGAGCGCCUCCAGCUCCAGCUCCGACUCCAGCUCUUCGUCCUCGUCGUCGUCCUCCUCGGACACCAGCGACUCGGACUCGGGCUGAGGGGGCGGACGGCCGGCGGGCGGGCAGGGCCGGGCGGCUCCGCGGGACCGGACCCCCCGGACGACGACG